AUGGCCGAGGCCUUUGUUUACUAUCGAGGGACCGGGUGGUCGGCAAAGGUGAAGUCGAGGACAGGAUGUACGACGUGCAAAAUCCGUAAAGUCAAGUGUGAUGAGGCAAAGCCGCAGUGUGUACGAUGCAAGAACACCGGGCGCAGGUGUACAUACGCCUUGAAUCAAAGCGAUACGCGCAUCGCCCGUCCGUCGACGCUGACAAUCCAGAGCAACUACCCCCUUUGCGAUUUCGUCAACCAUGAGUCGCAAGAGCGACGCGCUUUCGAGUACUACUUCCACCGCGCAGGACCCGCAAUCGGCGGUUAUUUAGACCAUCGGUUUUGGAGGGGCGUCGUUCCGGAACUAUGUCGAUCGGAGCCCGCAGUUUGGGACGCUGUCGUCGCCAUAAGUGCUUUUUUCGAAGAUCCAGAUCCGUUUAUCGGUCCUCCCAUGGUUCUUCCAGACGCUAAGCUGGUCAGGAAGCACACCAAGGCUGUAUCCUGGUACUCGCGGUCUAUGGCACGCGUCCGGCAAAGGGUGGCAUAUAACGAUUUCAACCCGCAUGUCGCGCUCAUAACGUGCGUCCUCUACAUCUGCAUCGAGACGCUCCAGGGCCAUGUUGUGGAGGCGCUGCAAUUGUAUGAACAGGGAGUGCAUCUCAUUAUGACCCUACGACAUUCUGCAACCAUGCCAUACUAUGCAAACGUACUUCGAGAGGUCAUAACACCCAUGUUCUUCCGACUUGGGUCUGCAGCUAUGAUAUCGGGGGGUUACCCAGUCAGGGAGAGUUUUAGGCCCAUAUCCGUGCAUGAAAACCCAAGAUUUGCGACCAUUGCAGCGGCCCAAACAGCUGUGAUUGAGUUACUCACGGAAGCUUUCCAAUUGGGAAACGAAGCGGCUAGAUGCUACCGUCUUCCGAGAUGCGAUGGUAAUACCGCAUCCUCGCUGAAGGAACAACAGUGCGCUCUUACGCUCAGAUUGGACAGCUGGGAGAGGGCGUUUUCUAACCUCAAACACCGAGAGAUGGAACAACCCUCCAGUUCUCCAAACGCCGGCGCUGUGUCAACCCUGCUGACCUAUCAUACAGUUGCUUCUACAAUGGUCUCCACAUGCCUCGCAGAUAAUGAGAUGGUGUACGAUGCACAGAGGGACCAGUUCCGGCAGAUAGUUCAACAUGCCACAUCCGCACUCAGUGCAUCCAAUGUGGUAGAUGGUGCACAGCCUCCAUUCACGUUUGAGACUGGCAUAGGCCUACCGCUGUUCUACACGGCAGUGAAAUGCCGGGACCGUUACCUGCGCCGGGAAGCACUAAAUCUCCUUCGACGAGCGCCGCCGGUUCAAGCAUUCUUUAAGUGCGCAGCGUGGGCUGCACUUGCUGAAACAAUUAUUAGUGUUGAGGAAGAUCUUGUUCCAGCAUCGUGCUCCUGGAUUCUAUCUACUAUCGCUUCUGAAGACAAGGUACUGGCAUCAAAUGGCCCCGACUCGGUCUCCUAUAAUUUACCUAACACACCCUGUGAGCAUCAAAUUGCUUCGGCCCAAGUCCUUGCUCUACAGGACGACGGGGAGCCUUUGGACGGAAUAGAGAACAGCCCACCGGACCCAUCCAUGUGUGAAGGCUCUAUCCCAGAACACCGUCGCGUGCGUGACUUCGGAGUAUUCCUCCCAGAGGCUCAUUGUAGCUGCUCAGCAGAUGGUAGUGGCCGCUACAGCGAGCAGAUUACUCAGUCUCAUAAUCAGAUCUUCAUUAGAUUCACACGUAGAGUGCGAGAUGGAAGCUGUAAGCAACCGAGAAUGGCAGAAUGCUUCCUACCGAUGAAGUGUUGA